AUCUGCUUUCUGUUUUCCAGUAGCCAUCGCGGGGAUGGCUCCCCCUCACCAGUUCUACCUUCACAAUUCCCACUUCUCCUCCUAGUCUCUUCCUUUUCUUUCACUUCCGUCCCACACGCUGCACGUUCGACCUAAUCUCCCUUCAAUUGAUAUUGUUCUUCGUCCUCAACGGCAUCGAUGGUCUCACCGGCGCUCUGAAGUCCAGCGGAGAUCCAUGUUUGCGGCGGCGCAGCUUGGCGCGCUCGCCGCUUGCAUCGUUCUCUUUGUCCCUAUGGGGAUGGCCGGGUGGCAUCUUAGUCGCAACAAGAUGCUUUUUUUCAGCGGCGCCCUAUUCAUCACUCUUGCCGUCGGCGUCCACAUUGCUCCCUACUUCCCCGCUGCCUCUCAAUUUCUCAUAUCUACCCUUACACCCUCUUUUUCUUCCUCCCCGCCCUUUCGGCCGUCGUCCUGCCUCUCAUCUAUGCACGAUGUUUCCUUCCUCCCAGCGGACGCCCCUUCCUCCUUUGAUUGGCUCCCAAUUAGAUCGCGAUCCGGCGACUGUGGUUUCCAGAAACUCUCUCGAUCUGACGCCGGGGAACUUCUUAACGGAUCAUGGAUCCUCGUUGCUGGAGACUCACAAGCGCGCCUCUUCGUGCUUUCCCUUCUCCGCCUAUUGUUGGACCGCUCCGCGAUGGAGGCUGUGGAAGGGGAUCUCUUUCGCCGGCACAGUGAUUAUCAGAUUAUGAUCUCUGAGCACGGCGUGAAGCUGGAUUUUGUGUGGUCUCCGUUCGAGUCCAAUAUCACCUCCGUGCUACAGAAGCUCCGUGGUGGCCCCAGGUUGCCUGAAGUUCUUGUUGCUGGGUCAGGCCUCUGGCACAUGCUUCAUGUUAACAAUGCAUCGGAUUAUGGUGAGAAUAUGGCUUCUGUGCGGAGGUCCGCGGCAUCAAUGGUUUCUCCCUUUUCAUCAGAGCUAGCUAUGCAGCCACCGCAUAUGUUUUGGCUUGGCUUACCGACGUUAUUGAAUUCAAUGCUUAAUACUGAAGAGAAGAAGGAAAAGAUGAGUAAGACGGUUUGGGAUGCUUAUGAGCAGGAGGUUGAUGGAAGUGGCGUGUUGAGGCCAUCUGGUGGAUCAUUUGUAUUGCUGGAUAUUGGGUCAUUGAGCCGGAGCUGUGGGCUGCAGUGCACAACUGAUGGAAUGCAUUAUGAAGGGGUUGUAUAUGAGGCAGCUCUUCAAGUUAUGCUUAAUGCUCUGUUGAUCGAAUCGCAGCAGCAGAUAUGAAUGUGUCAACUGAUCUGGGAAGUCUUCUUUUGGGGUUUCUUGCAUGAGGAAGAGGUUUUUCCAUUUAUAUCUGAUUAUCUUUUAGCCCCUUUAUUUCAUUAACUUUGCAUUAAUUUUUGCUUGUUUGGCAAAAUUUAUACAUAGAGCUAGUUAGGUAUGAUUAUAGAGCAAUGCGGUAUCUCCUGUAUUUUACUUUCAAAAUAAUUAUUGUAAUUUCAAACUGCAGAGUCAAGUAGAAGUUAUGGGUUGUUGAUCCUUUCCUUGUGAUAUAUAUUUUUAGAAGACAUAUAAAAACUUAAAGAGUUUGCAAAUAUGUGGAAUUUCCAUUAAGGCCUUGAAUAUUUGGUA